AUGAAACGUCCUACAGCAAAUACCUUUGUCGUGGCAAGGCCACUGUACUCUGAGAAUACUUUUAAUGAGGAUAAUGAGAAAGUACACCGAUACCACAAAACAAUUUUGGAUCAUCUGGGGUUAUAUUUCAGUUGCUCUACAGAAAGGGUUAAGAAAAUGGUGUACUCUUUGUUUCCAAUUUUGACCUGGUUACCAGCUUAUCGCAUCAAGGAGUGGUUACUCAGUGAUAUUGUCUCUGGUGUCAGCACAGGUCUUGUUGGUGUUCUUCAAGGCCUUGCAUAUGCCCUUCUUGUAUCUGUUCCCCCUGGAUAUGGACUCUACGCAGCAUUUUUUCCCAUCAUAACUUAUUUCUUCCUUGGAACCUCUAGACAUAUAUCAGUUGGUCCCUUUCCAGUGCUGAGUUUGAUGGUGGGAACAGCAGUUAAUCGAUUAGUUUCUGAGGGUCCUGAUCGCAGUAACGGUACCUUUCCUGAAGGAUUAACAACAGCAGAAAAACAAGUCAUGGUGGCCGUUUCUGUAACACUACUUGCUGGCAUUUUUCAGUUGGCACUUGGAAUUCUUCAAGUAGGCUUUAUCGUGAUAUACUUAUCAGAUGCUUUAGUGAGUGGAUUCACCACAGCUGCAGCUGUCCAUGUCCUUGUAUCUCAACUGAAAUUCCUAUUUGGAGUUGUUGUGGAAGGACAAAGUGGCCCUCUGGCGCUUAUUUAUACUCUUAUAGAUGUGUUCAGCCAGAUCACGAAGACAAACGUAGCAGACCUUGUAACAUCCAUUAUUAUUAUGGUCGUUGUUUUUGCUGUGAAGGAAUUGAAUGAUCUAUUUAAAAAACGGCUUCCUGUUCCAAUACCAAUUGAGGUCAUCAUGACAAUCAUAGCAACAGGUGUGUCCUAUGCAUUCAACUUUCAAGACAAAUAUGGAGUGGAUAUUGUAGGAAAUAUAACCAAAGGUUAUGAACCUCCAAUGAUUCCUCCUCUGGGCCUCUUCAAGGAGAUAGUCAUGGAUGCCUUCUCUGUUGCAAUUGUUGGCUUUGCUGUUGCCUAUUCUGUUGCCAAAGUGUAUUCGACCAAAUAUGACUAUGCCUUAAAUGGAAACCAGGAGUUACUAGCAUUUGGAAUAAGUAAUGUCUUCUGUGGGGCCUUUCGAGGGUUUGCAGCCAGUACAGCUCUUUCAAGGUCUGCUGUUCAAGAAAGCACAGGAGGUAAAACACAGAUUGCUGGUCUCAUUUCAGCUGUGAUUGUAAUGAUUGUCAUUCUUGCACUUGGAUAUCUUCUGGGACCAUUACAAAAGUCUGUGCUGGCAGCUCUUGUGGUGAUCAAUUUGAAGGGCAUGUUAAUGCAGUUCUCAGAAAUUCGUCACUUGUGGAAAAAGGACAAGUAUGACUGUAUGGUGUGGGUGGUCAGUUUUAUUGUCGUAGUUCUGCUGGGACUUGAUCUCGGGCUUGCUGCUGCUGUUGGAUUUGAACUUUUAACAAUUAUAUUCAGGACACAGUUUCCACGAUGCUGUGUUUUGGGUAACAUCAAUGGGACAGAACUCUACAGAGACAGAAAAGAUUACAUAAAUAUCUAUGAACUAGAAGGAGUGAAGAUUUUCAGGUGUCCUUCUCCCAUCUUUUUUGCUAAUAUCGAUUUCUUCAAGGAAAAGCUGAUAGCUGCUGUUGGGUUUAAUCCACUGAGAGUACUUCGUAAGCGAAACAAAGCCAUUAGAAAAAUCAGAAAGCUUUUGAAGAAAGGAGAGCUGCAAGUAACAUCUAAAGGUUUUAUGACCUGUGCUGUUCUGAGCAAUGUUGACACAGAUGACGAAUUUGACAACAGAGUGAUAGAAGAGCUGGACAAGCCAACAGAUACUAAAGACUUACCAUUUCAGAUCAACUGGAACUCUGAGCUCCCUGCCAAUAUCCAAGUGCCUCCUGUCGAUUUCCACAGCAUAAUUAUUGACUUUGGAGCAGUCUCUUUUAUCGAUUACUCUGCCAUGAACAGCCUAAAAUCGACUUUCAAAGAAUUCAUUAGGGUGGAUGUGGAUAUUUAUAUAGUUGGCUGUGACAGCAAUAUUUUGGAAAAACUGGAAAGAUGUAAUUUUUUUGAUGACGAGAUAAAAACUUCAAUGUUCUUCCUCACUGUUCAUGAUGCUGUCCUGUAUAUAUUAAGCAAACAUGAUCCAUCAACUGCAACCAAUUAUAAGCCAAUAAAGGGUAGAAACAAUGGCAUGGUACAUCGUAACACUGAUAAUGGAGAAUUGAGAAACAGGGAAUGUUCAGUACCCAUUCAGACAAAAUUUUAAUUCUCCACAUGGACUACAGGAAGAUGAAGAAGAGUAUAAGAAAUAACACGUGGAUGAGAGUUGUACAGAGUGGUCAUACUGAAAUGAUUACUGUUCUGAUAACAGUAGCUGCAUUGCUAAAAACAAAUCAACUACAGCAAUUUCAGACUUGCAUAUUGGGAGUUCUGUGACUACUACAUGUUUGAAAACAUGCACUGCUGAUACAUGUCUGUACUGAAUGGACAAUAUAAGUCCUCAAGGGACUAUUUGUAAGAGUCACAUCUAAAGCUGAUGGUACAAAAGCAUACAUGCACCUCUAAAAAAACACUGGAUAUAAGAUAUUGUUUUACUUAUUUUAAAAAUAUAUUUUGAAGAUUUUCUAGUUGUUGACAGUUUCAUAUAUUUUAAAAGAGCAAAAUAUGUAAGUCCUUUAGUUGAUUUCUCUCUCAAAAUACUCAAGCUGUAAUCCUCCUGAUUUUGGUCACAAUUUUGUACUAUGGGUUAAAGCAUAUCUCAUAAAACUUGUAUUCUCCUGUUUCACUGUACAAUGCUAUUAUUAAUAUGACACAGCCUUGACUUCUCUCAAAUUGGAAUGAUCCAGGCUGCAUCAAGUAGAUUUUCAUAACCCUGGACACACAGUCCUGAAUCCAUAUUAGUGUUUCCUAACUUGAUUUGUUAUAAAAUGGAGAUUUGUAAGCAAACAUCUUUUAUCAAUAUACAAAAAAAAAUAAAGGCAUACUGUGUUGCAGAUCAUGCAAAACAUAACAGCUUGUGAUUUCCAACACAGUUUGAUAGCA